AUGUAUAAAGAAGGAAUACUAGUAGAAAAGUGCAGAAAAACUAAAGUCUGGCCUGAAAACUUAUGUCUUGCUAAAAUUAAAGUAACCAGAUUUGUUACAGAGCUAAAAGUUCAGCCAAUUAGAAAAACUUUACCAUUUUGGCUAGCUGACUCUUAUGAAUUCCAUCCACAAAACCAACAAGCACAAUUGGCAUUUAUUUACACUACAAUAAUCAGUUGUGAGGAAGUUCUUAAGCAAGCAAUUUCCAAGUGUUCUGUUCCUGUUAUUAAAAAAUACAUAAAACACAAUUAUACUAAAAAUAUCUGCUAUUGGGCUCUUAAAGCUCACCAGCAUUUACCAUUUCUCUUACAAAUGACCUCCACCAACUUUUUAGAAUCGUAUCAUAGUAAAUUAAAGCAAAUAAGCUCCCCUCAUCAUGGUUUGAUUGGCAUAUGCAAUAGAAUUGUAAUAAUUGAUACAAAAAAACAGUCAGAUUCAGAAUAUGUAGGCUUUGAAUUUCAUACUAAAAAAAUAUCAGUAAUUGGAAUUAAUUAUAAAAUUCUUGAUGAAAUUCAUAAACUUUCUUACCCUGUACAAAAGUUGAUUGUUAAUGAGAUUUUUGCUAUUGAAAAAAGAUUGAAGAAAGAUAGUAGGUUUGAAAUAAAUGAGUAUCAAGAGUUAGUUGAAAUUAAAAAACCAAAAAGAACAAAAGCUAAAAAAGUCACAGAGAAUAGAUGCAUAAUAGUAGAUGAAUUAAUAGAAUGA